AUGGAAGACAAGAAGAUCCAAACAGCUAUAAAAUGUAGCCAAUUAUUAUUACAAUUAGCAGGAAUUAAGAUUACUGAGGAUACAUUACUGCCAUUUUAUCAAAAUAUUAAUUUUGGCCUAAAGGAACUUAAUAAAACUUAUGGAGUAAAAUUAAAACAAAAAAAACUAGCAUAUAAUAAACUAAUAGCCAAGGAUUUACCUUUAGCAUUUCUUUCUACUGAUGGUGAAUAUCUAAUACUAGCUAAGAUAGAUAAUCACCGUGGUUUAAUACAACACCCGUUCAAAUCCCAUACUGAAUUGUGGUCUAAGGAACAGCUGGGUAAUUAUUGGAGUGGCAAAGUUAUUAUUCUGUCUUCUGCAUCAUUAAAGUUCAAUCUAACUUGGUUUGUUCCAGCUUUUUGGCAGCAUCGUCGUAUGUUAGCUGAAAUAUUGUUCUUCUCGCUCAUACUACAACUACUAGCCUUAAUACUACCUUUAUUCUUUCAAAUAGUGAUGGAUAAAGUUUUAGCUUAUAAAGCCUAUAAUACUCUAGAUGUACUGAUUUUUGGUUUGGUGAUUACUAGUAUUUUCGAAACAUUACUUAGAGGAUUACGGGAAUAUCAAUACACCCAUACAGCUAAUCGAAUAGAUAUUUUACUUGGAGUUAAAUUAGUAAAACAUUUACUAGGAUUACCUUUGCUUUAUUUUAAAAAUCGGCCAGUUGGUUCAUUAGUAGCUCGUGUACGUCAGCUAGAUAGUAUUAGAGAAUUCUUAAGCGGUUCCCUAUUUACUUUGCUAGUUGAUAUUAGCUUUAUAAACAUAUUUCUAUUGGUAAUGUGGAUAUUAUCACCAGCAUUAACUGCAAUAGUACUUACCUCUAUUCCUUUUUAUGCCAUUGUUGCUUGGUGCAUUACCAAACCGCUACAGGAUAGGUUAGAAACUCAAUUCCAAUAUAAUGCAGCUAAUACUGCUUUUCUAACUGAAAGUAUCACUGGAGCUGAAACAGUGAAAAGUCUGGCAGUAGAACCACGUUUAUCUCAACGUUGGGAAACUCAAACCAGAGAUCUAGUUAAUGCUAGCUAUUGUACUCAAAUAUUAUCUUCUCUAUCUAAUCAUAUAGUCCAAGCUAUUGGUAAACUAACUAGCAUAUUAAUUUUAUGGUAUGGUGCUGAAUCUGUUAUUAAUCUUGAAAUCACCCUUGGCCAAUUAAUUGCCUUUAAUAUGUUGGCCCAGCAUUUUUCUGGACCACUAGCUAAAUUGGUUGAGUUGUGGGGACAAUUUAUUCAGGCCCAGGUAGCAGCGGAUAAGCUUGGUGAUAUCUUGAAUUUACCAAUUGAACAAGAAACAGCAGGUACUCAGCAAAAAUUAAAAGGUGAUAUUAUUUUAGAGCAAGUAACAUUUCGCUACCAACCAGGUGCACCUCUUGUACUACAAGCUGUUUCAUUACAUAUUCGAGCUGGUAUGCAAAUUGGUAUAGUAGGGGAAUCUGGUUCCGGUAAAAGCACUCUGGCUCGGUUGCUAUUGCGACUCUACUUACCAGAGCAAGGACAAGUAUUAUUUGACGGAGAGUCCCUUAAUGCCCUUGAUAUACGUAAUUUACGUCAGCAAGUGGCCGUAGUACUGCAAGAGAAUUUUUUAUUAAAUCGUACUGUACGUGAUAAUAUUGCUCUGUCACUUCCUCAAGCUUCCUUAGAGUCAGUAGUAAAAGCCGCAGAACUAGCAGGAGCGCAUGACUUUAUUCUGCGGUUACCUCUAGGUUAUGAUACAAUAUUGGCUGAAGGUGGCAGUUCUUUAUCAGGAGGACAAAGACAACGUAUUGCUAUUGCUCGUGCCUUAUUGAUUGAACCUAGAAUAUUAAUUUUUGAUGAAGCAACAAGUAGCCUAGAUGAUGAAUCUCAAGCUUUAAUUCAAGGUAACAUGGUUAAAAUAGCUAAUGGUCGUACGGUAAUUACCAUUGCUCAUCGUUUAUCUACUGUUCAGCAUUGUGAUUAUAUUGUAGUGUUGCAUCAAGGCAAAAUUAUUGAGCAAGGAGCUCAUGAAACAUUAUUAACAUUAGGUGUUAUUAGAGCUGCUCAGAGCUUUCAGAUAGUAGCAACAGAAGAAUCAUUACGUCAUAGGCUUGGCAUAGAUUGCCAACAAUUGACGGCCAUGGAUGUGUGUAGAGCAGCUAGGCAAGCUGGAUUGCGAGCAAAAUGGUAUCAAAAGGUUAACAUAAAUAUUGAAACAUUACCAUUACCAAUAUUAAUUUGUUUUAAUGGCCAAUGGAGUGUUAUUGAAAAGAUUGAAUCAAAUGGAUACUGGUUACGCUAUGAUUUAGCUACUCAUCAGUUUUGUCAAGAGCCAUUACCUGAACUCACUAACGAUAUAGAGAUAGUGUUACUAGCUGAAAAGGAAGUACAGGUUACUGAUGUUAAGUUUGUUAGUCGAGGACUGUCUAGUUUACAUGUAUUGGCACUUGCAAUGUUGGCACUUACCAUAGCUGAGCCUUUCUGUAGUUAUUUACGAGCGACAAACUGGUCAAAUAGUAGCUCGGGUACGAGAGAUGGACCAUAUUCGUCAGUUUUUAACUGGCUCAGCUUUAAUGUUGUUAGUCCAAUAUUACGUCGUAGAGUUACCAAAGAAUAUGAUGCCAGUGCGUUAGCUACAGCAUACCUAACUGAAACUAUAACCGGUGUGGAAGUUUUAAAAACUACUGCUACUGAGCCAGAUUUUCUAAAACGUUGGCAACAAAUUUUAGCUUGUCAAUUACGUACUACAUUUUUAGCUAAAAAAGUUGCUAUUACUGCUAGUCAGGGCAUUAGCUUAAUACAAAAGCUUACAUCUGCGUUAUUAUUAUGGUUAGGAGUAAAGAUUGUGCUUGUAGGUGAACUCACUGUUGGCGGAUUAGUAGCUUUUAAUAUGUUAGCUAGUCAUGUAACUCAGCCAAUCUUACGAUUAGCACAGAUAUGGCAAGAUUUUCAGCAUACUCUAAUAGCAUUGCGUCGUAUUGGGGAUAUUUUAGAUACUGAACCAGAAGCUGGUAAUAAAGGCAAAGGCGUAGCCUCUGUACCAAAAUUAAAAGGUAAAAUAGAGUUUCAGUAUGUACGUUUUCGCUAUCAGGCCAAUACGCCAGAAGUGUUAAGCAACCUAUCUUUUACUAUCCAAGCUGGUGAAUUUAUCGGUAUUACUGGCCCAUCUGGCUCAGGCAAAAGUACCUUAACUAGGUUAUUACAGCGCCUAUAUAUUCCUCAGCAUGGACAGAUUUUAGUAGAUGGUAUAGAUAUAGCAAUUGCUGAUCCGACCUCAUUACGUUGUAACAUGAGUGUAGUAUUACAGGAUAAUAUGUUGUUUGCUGGAUCAAUAUUAGAUAACAUUAAGCUAUGUUGUCCUGAAGCGAAUGAAGGUGAAGUUAUACAGGCUACAAAACUAGCUGCUGCGGAUAAUUUUAUUAGAGCUUUACCGCAAAGAUAUCAGACCAUUAUCGGAGAAAGAGGUAGUGGUUUAUCUGGUGGGCAGCGCCAGCGAGUAGCAUUAGCUAGGGCUUUGUUAGUGGAUCCACGGAUUCUGAUUUUAGAUGAAGCUAGUUCUGCUCUUGAUUAUGAAUCUGAAGCAGCAAUUAUGGUGAAUAUGGAUCAUAUUUGUCAUAAUCGUACAGUAAUUAGUAUUGCUCAUCGGUUAAACACUAUUAGGCAUGCUGACCGUAUUUUGGUACUAGAUCAAGGGGUGAUCAUUGAACAGGGAGCUCAUGCAGAGCUUUUACAGCAGCAAGGCCUCUAUGCUAAACUUUGGAACACUCAAACUAAUAGUAGCGACUAA